AGGAAAAGCGGCCCACGGGUUUUGCCAAACAAGUACGACUGCCUUGGUUUGGUUGCCUCGACGGCUUGCUUCCCCGAUGGCGCCUUCAUCCGAUUUCUCCGACGGCGAUGCUGCGGUGAGGAGACGGAGAAAGGGACCCCCUUUCAUGCUAUUGCUGCCUCUGAUCUAUGCUCCCGUUCUUCCCCUCAUUCGAAUUGGGUUGAGGCAUAACCCGGUUUUGAGGGAUCGGUUGUUUUACGGGGUCUUGGCAGGUGCUUUUGCUCACGGGACGUACUUGAUAACUGAUCUAUAUGAUAUCGAGAGGAAGUGAAAUACAGGAGCUGUUUUAAAUGGCCGCCAUUGGUGUUACCAUUUGCAGAUUCUUCUCUGCCUCGUGAUUUUCCGGUAGUAUGAGAAGUAGUUCUCACAUGAGCUCUGGCUGUGAUACUGUUUUCCCAGCGACUUGCUUUUUCUGUGGAAUGUUUUAAUUGUUUUUGUUUGAUUGAAAUAAUGAAAGCAUAUACUUUUGGUCGGCGAGAAAGACGCUGUCACCAGUACAAUAGCUCCAGUUUCAGUAUGUUCUUUGUCCUUUCAGAAAAGAAAAAUUUCUUUUCUUGCUCCCAA